ACGGGCCGGGCCUGGCCGGUCCUGCUCGCCGCCUUUGACACCCCCGGCAGGGGGGCAACACCCUGGCACAGAGACCCUCGGUCCGGGCGACUUUUUUCCCCCCGCCACCGCGACGACGGCUGCCCCGGGGCGCGGAACCCAUUGCUUCCCCCCGGGGAGCCUCGGGGCCCGAUGCCCUGCUGCUCAACCGCACGAGAAUAAUCUUAAUAAUUGGAAUAAAAACCAGUUGUGUGGAAGUGCACAUCCAGGAAGCUGUGAAAACAAAACCCAACAGGUUUUCUUCUCAUACCUUUGGAUUCUCAUCUUAACUCAGCAUGGCAUCAACAGUAGGAUGGACAUUAGGGCCCAGGACAAUGUUGCCCCGUUUAGUUGCGUUCAGCAGACUGGUUUCAAUACAGAAUGGAGCUGCAUUUUCUGCUUGUCACAAAUCUACAUAUACUCCUCUUCCAGAUAAUUAUAAUUGCAAGGUGGAGCUAGCUUUGACAUCCGAUGGCAGGACGAUAGUUUGCUACCACCCUACCUUGGACUUUCCGUAUUCACAUACAAAGCCUCUACCUCGACCAGAUCCUAGCAAAAACGAAGCCGAAACACAUGAUCAAAUACUGAAAAUGCAGUUGGAAGUUGAGAAGAAACGGUUGGAGCCAGAAAUCAACAUAGAACAGCUUAGCAAAAUAUUCUACACAACCAAGCAUCGCUGGUACCCAGUGGGGCAGUACCAUAUGCGGCGCAAGAAGGUCAACCCUCCCAAAGACCGGUGAUUUUGAGAACUUCAUAUCAAGUAAUUGUUGGUCAACAAGAUGACAAUUGUCCAAUAUUUAAUCAUUGGUUACCAUUUCAGAACAAAAACAAGUACUGAUUUCUUUUCAAGUAAUAUUUAAUAAAAAUGUUUUUCAAGAUCCAUA